AUGUUCAUGAACUGCAUUGCAGAACUUGUGACCGAUCCAGCACAACUCAUGAGUAUUGACGAGGCAGCAUGCAAUAGCAAGACUUCACUUAGAAAGAUGGGCUGGUCUUUGAAAGGCCGACGAUGCUUCCAGCGAAGGAUUUUUGUUCGCAGCCAGAGGGUUUCUAUUUUACUGGUUCUCAUGAUUCAAGGUAUCAUGGCAUACAACGUUAUCCCCAGCUCUGUCACCAGUGCGCACUUCACAAACUUUGUGCAAGAACAUGUGAUUCCAUUGACCAACCCAUGGCCAGGUCCCUGA